GAUAAAGUAAAUAGGUAAAUGUAAGACAAAUUGUCUUAGUACAUUUCUUUGAACAGAAUAUAUUUCUUAACAUAUUUCAGAAUCAAGUUUUAGAGUUAAACUGUGCUAGGGUGGAUUUUUAAAAUUGAUUUGCAUGCAAAUCUGUGCUGAAAUAUCCCUACGGCCAGAUUUAUGUCAAAGGAUUUUCCUUUCCUGUUCUCAGGCUUCCCCAUCACAGUCAAUACGUAGCCGAGACAGUGGAAUUCCAGAGGAUGUGGUACAGGCGGAAAAGUACAAAGCUGUAUCCCAUACCCCUCUUCAGAAACCAGCGAGGAGGACUUAUUACGGUUACGAGGAUGAGUCUGAUUAUGAGGAUUACAGACCCACGGAUGCAUUUGAUAAUGAGGAUUACAGCGUUAGCCAAUCAGAUGCUCCGAAUCUUGCUAUGCUCGGAAACGAAUCUGACUCACCGAAUGAGUUUUAUCAUAGCAGUGACGAAGGUAUCCCAGAUUAUUAUUUAGACAGUGACGGCAUUCUGUGGGAUGAGACUGUUUUAUCCAGCGGGAAAGCCCUAACGGAACGUGCGGGACUCCAUCGUACGAGUCCCUCAGGCAGCGAGUCAGGGGGACAGGUAAUUCAGACGAACACUCCGGCGGACAUAUACGCCAACACAAUCAAGGCUCGGACAUCUUUUUCCACCACUCAGAAACCGCCCUUUCCACAUCAGUCCAGUUCAAGAAGAAAUUCUAUAAAUCAGCCUUCGCCUUCCAAGUAUGCAUCACCAACGGGAUCAGGUGGUAAAAAUGCAAACAAAUCAGUGUCUUCCAAAAAUGAACAGCCAUACAAUAAAGAAGAUUAUAUUAAGUCUGUGAAAAACAAUGCUAGAGUUAACGCUAGCCCUUCCAGCACAGAUGCCACUGCCAGUGCAACGCGUGCAAAAUCAAAAGACAAACGUGAUAUUAAAUCUGAUCAUGGCAAAAAGUCCAAGUCAAGACAAAAUAGUUCUUCUUCUGGGGAUAAUGCGACCCCCAAAUCUAAAUCAUCACUAAAUAGUGGUAAUGUUUUCGUAGCAAUAGCCGACGUUCAUGUGAACGCUACUCUCAGUGACUCUGAUACAGCGGAAACUCUGAAACGCCCCAUUCCUGCCAAAAGGGGGAAGAAAUCUGAAGCUCAUGCCAUCCCCGAGGAAGAUGGUUCCAAGGGGGGAACAAGAAACCAUGGGAGCUUUCCGCGCGAUCGUGAAAAGUCUGAACACCUCCUGCAGGUUAAGGAGGAAUCGCCUCAGUUCAAUUCACUUCCUUCGCGAAAUGUUCAGAAACAUUUGUCAAACUCUUCCGACACUCCUUUAACUAGCGAGUCGACAGACAUCAGUUUUGAAACAGUCAAACAAAAAUCAAUCAAAAAGCAACCUUCAAUUGGAAAAAUCAACAGCACGGAUCGGCCUCCGAAACCAUUACGCCAGUCAUCCACGGGAUCAACAACAAGCCAUGACAACAGCCAGACUCUAUCAGACAAGGCCAAGGCCUCGCCUGCUCCUGUGAACACUGGGGUGAAGACACCUGAUGAAGCAGCCAGUCCUAAACGUGGUCAGCUCCAGCCCAAACUGUCCCGUGACCUCAGUGUUAACAUUCCUGAGGACUCCAUCCACAGUGUGUCCCCGAUCCGCAUCCAGAUGGAAGACUUACAGAUGAUGACAGACGUGGAAGAGGACCCAACGCUACAUGAUGCAGGUGUGGGUCCGUCAGGCCCGCAGCCCUCUGCCCGUGUGGAGGAGAUUAAACGGCGCCGCCUCACCCUGAUGUGUGUAUUCCUGUACCUGGACACCAAGACCCUCAGUCAACUAUCCUUGGUGUGUAAGGAGUGGAAAGUGGUCAGCCGACACCCGGCACUCUGGAGAAGGGUCAGACUGAGGAACGCACGCAUAGGAUCUAAGUAUCUAAUGACAAUAUCAAAAUGGUGUGUUCAGCUGGAGUCUCUAACAUUAGAGGCAUUAAAACCUCGUAGAAAACGCAAGGAUGAGACAGAUGAAGAUUAUGCCAAAAAUACCAGAGGGUGCCUUGAGCAAGGACUGGAAACAUUACUGAUGGUGUCCCAGAACUCUCUGCUGUCCUUGAGAAUUGCCAGCUGUGACAACAUCAUCACAGAAAAGUGUCUCUGGGAGGUGAGUUGUUACAGUCGUUUGUUACAACGCCUCUGUUACAUCAGUAGUAUGGAUCCCUUGGGACCUGAAGUCAUGUGGAACAUGGGAGCUGGUUGUCGUGAUAUCGUCACGCUCAUCAUACCCCCUGGGGUGCCCAAUAAAAAGCCUGGUCGCUUCAACAAUAAAUGUGUGCAGCUGAUAGGUCAGUUUUACCCUGAACUAAAAGUGCUUUCUAUUGGUGGAGCAGAGGUGGACGAGAGAGGUCUUCUUGCACUUGCAAAGCAGUGUCAGCGUCUACAGGUGCUGGAGUUUGACCACAUGAAGGAGAUCACAGAGGAAGUAGCACAGACUCUGUGUGAUGCAGGACUGAAGGAUUUGCAGACCCUCGAGUUCACAAACACACCUGUCACUCCAAAGGCUGUCCACCUGUUCUCAAAGAAUUGCCGUCGUCUGCGCCGUAUCAAUGUCCGGGUGGCUAUAUCAGACUAUUUUGAAGACACACUACUGAAAGAAAAUGUUGAUCACUUCAAGAAUGUAGUGGAAAAAUUCAAUUCUCUUAAGAAGAGGUCAAAUUUAUCAAGCGUUUUAAGAAUAAAGACCGAUGCAGAAGGCAAGCAAAGACUGAGGUCAACCUAACAGUAAUCACCAUCAAUCAACUGGUCACCUCUCACUAUUCAGGAUGGCUCAGGACUAACUAAUGAUGAAGGCAAAGAGAAGAGUGAUGCCAAACUAACAGAGGCUCGUCAUCAGCCAUCGGCCCUUCAGGAUGGUUCUGGACAGACUGACAACAGAGGCAAUGAAAGCUUGAAAACAACAUUCUACAGAGGUUCACAAUUAUUCAUCUGCUCUGCAUCAAGUGUCCAAGAUGGUUCAGGACUUCUUGUCAAGCUGACAGUAGAGGCAAGGAAAGCUUAAAAACAACACCAUGUUUCAUCUGCUCAUCACAAAGUAUUCAGGAUGGUUAAGGGCAGACUAAUUAUCAAAACAAAACAGAGAUUAAGAUUAACCUAGCAGAGGAUUUGCAGACAGACAGACAGGAGUGGAGACAAAGCAAGACGAAGCUGACAAAGGAAUAACAUCAUCUGGUUAUCAUCAAGUAUUCAGGGUUGUGGAGGAAUGACUGACAGUGGAGGCAAGGACAGAUGAAACUGACAAAGGAAUAACAUCAUUCAUCUGCUCAUCAUCAAGUAUUCAAGGUUGUGGAGGAAAGACUGACAGUGGAGGCAAGGACAGAUGAAACUGACAAAGGAAUAACAUCUGCUCAUCAUCAAGUAUUCAGGAUUGUUGAGGGAUGACUGACAGUGGAGGCAAGGACCGAUGAAACUGACAAAGGAAUAACAUCUGCUCAUCAUCAAGUAUUCAGGAUUGUUGAGGAAUGACUGACAGUGGAGGCAAGGACAGAUGAAACUGAUAAAGGAAUAACAUCAUUCAUCUGCUCAUCAUUAAGUAUUCAGGGUUGUGGAGGACUAACUGAUAAUGGAGGCAAGGACAGAUGAAACUGACAAAGGAACAACAUCAUCUGGUCGUCAUCAAGUAUUCAGGAUUGUUGAGGAAUGACUGACAGUGGAGGCAAGGACAGAUGAAACUGACAAAGGAAUAACAUCAUUCAUCUGCUCAUCAUCAAGUAUUCAGGAUUGUUGAGGGAUGACUGACAGUGGAGGCAAGGGCAGAUGAAACUGACAAAGGAACAACAUCAUCUGGUUAUCAUCAAGUAUUCAGGGUAGUUUAUGAAUGACUGACAGUGGAGGCAAGGACAGAUGAAACUGACAAAGGAAUAACAUGAUCUGCUUAUCAUAAGGUAUUCAGGAUUGUUGAGGAAUGACUGACAGUGGAGGCAAGGACAGAUGAAACUGACAAAGGAAUAAAAUCAUUCAUCUGCUCAUCACCAAGUAUUCAGGAAGGUUGAGGACAAACUGGUAACGGAGAAGAAUGACAAAUGAAACUGACAAAGGAAUAGCAUCAUUCAUGUGCUCGUCAUCAUCAAGUGCGCAAGAUUGUUGAGGACUGAGUGGCAGUGGAGACAAGGAAAAAUGAAACUUAGAAAGGAAUAACAUUCAUCAUUCAUCUGCUUACCAUCAAGUAUUCAGGACUUACUGACAGUGCCAGACUGCACUCCUGGAAGAAUACUGAAAUGCUGGAUAAUGAAAGAAAAUGGUCAGGACUUCUAAUGAAGGCAAGGAAAGACCAGUAUAAUGCAAUGUCAGUAUUGUGCUUUGACCACAAAUACAUGUGUGGGAAAUGUCAAAUCUAUGUAUACAUUUUAUUCAAACAACCAGUCUUACCACUGAAGGGUCUUCCAUUUCUGAUGUAUACAUUUACGUCUACAUGUAUACAUGUAUACCAACUGUGAAGGAAUUCAUCUCUAUUUUUUCAACAAGGAACGUGUAGUGUUCAGUGUUCUUGAACUGUACCUUGUUUGUGAAUUGUGGCAGGUCCAUGUUGCUUCUUAUUGUUGUUUUGUUGGAGGUUUGAAUGUUAAAGAAUCUAAGACAUGACUUUACAUACACACAUUUUAGGUUAGGUAAAUUUGUGAAGAGUUGAUUGCUGUGUUCGGUUCAUACAUGUGACAAACAAGUAUUUUAUUCAAAUUUAAAAAACAAACAUGUAUACCAUAGUUUGGUCAAAUAUUGUGUUGUUGUCUUCUAAGUAUGUUAAUUAGCCUAAACCAAAGAAUACAUUGAUCUUUUUGUGAGGAGUGAAAUGUAUUUGGUAUUAUUUGAUACAGUAAGGACUUGUAACAGUCAUUUGGUUUUGAAAUGUGUAAACCUCCUGUGUGUAGUAAUUUAAAGUAAAGAAGAAACACUACAUUGUCAAGGCUAAGCAUGGAUGUAGAAAAGUUGGUUCUCAAAGAAUGCUGGACAUUCUGUAUGUUACUGUAUAUUUUUUAUUCUGGAACAAAUGACUUUAAAAACACGUGUAAAAUUAUCAUAUUGAGCAUGCUAAGUAAUUCAAAUUAUAGCAAACAUUUUGCAAAAUUAAUAUUUUUUGGUAAAAUAUUUUUGUACAGCUGUGGUAAUUUUUCACUAUUAGAGGAAAUUGGGAUGACUAAAAACUGAGUUAGGGCCAUGUAAUGGAUUUGCGCAGCUGUCAAGCUCAUUUAUUCGAAUGGUGUGUAUUAAAAUGAAUUGACAUGCAUGCAAGCAGAUAUUACAGUUUGGUUUGAGAAAUUGAUAGAUUUCCUUUAUCUUGUCAUUUUAUCAACGAUACAUUAGGCAAUCAGGAAGUUAAUCACACAGUAGAAGUACUUUUUUUGUUUAACACUAUUUUCUCAUCCGGUUGGAUUUUUGAAAGCGAGGCAAACAUUUUAAUGUUAUAGCAAAUAAACUUAUUAAUAAGUUUAUUUUAAUUUGCAAUACUAUAAUGUCUAGCUAUCUCAUUCACUAUUCAGGUGGAAGAUACUGUGCAGUAUUACCCUAUAUUGUUUAAGCUGACAUAGGUGUAUAUACAUAUCAUAUCAUAAACAUCCAUGCUGAUAACAAAGGGCUAAUUAAUUUCUGUACUUUAUUGAGUUGGUUCAUACUAAAGCUGCCCCUCAGUCUCAGUACAUGUACUUCUUUAAAACUUACAUAAGGAAGACAAGUGGUGAAUAUAUAUGGAGUCUUCAUGUUGAGCUGUCCCACAAUAUUUUCCUACUUUUGUAGUAAAAGAAAGCUAAAGAAUGAGUGUACAUUAUGCACUUCUAUGUCUUUCAAUAAUUUGUCACUGCUUUCUCCAAGUUUUUUCUCUGGGAAUUUCUUCAGCAUUAUGCACUGAUUUUACACUGAUUAAUAUGGGUAUAUGUUCAACUUUUUGAAACCAUUCUGUUUUAAGAACCUGAUCAUUUAGAUCUGUAAUGUUUUUGGUUAAGGACAUUUUGUGCCAGUACAGUGAAAUAAUGUAUCAUUUAUUUAUUUUAAUCUGUUAUGUUUGUCUGUCAGUUUUUGAUAGCGAGCCAAAGUUUAUUGUGUAUGUGUUAUAUGGUUUGCUUUAAUUCAGCGUUUUUGUUUUUUUUCACCUUUGUCUAGAUUUUCAUUUUUCUCGUUUUGCUUUGUUAAAAAAAUGUUCAGGUUCUAGCAUAAUUCCAUUCUAGUCUUCCUUUAUAAGGGUGUAUUUGCAAUAUUUUUUGUUACGUGACCUCGAUGACGGAUGUGGUAUUUAUUUACAUUAUUAGGCAAUAAAAGAGCUUUUCUCUAGGGAAU